AUGGCCGAUGAGGACAAGGCAGAGCGUGAUCGAAUCUUCAACAAGUUUGAUGCAAAUGGGGAUGGUAAGAUAACUUCCGCUGAGCUUGGAGAAUCUUUGAAGACGCUUGGCUCCGUAUCUGCUGAAGAGGUGCAAACUAUGAUGGACGAACUCGACACUGAUGGAGACGGGUACAUUUCUUACGAGGAGUUUACUGAUUUUUAUAAUGCCAACAGAGGUUUGAUGAAGGACGUUGCCAAAAUCUUCUAA